AUGAUCCCUGGAUUACGACGGUGUGCGCAAAGGCUUUGUGUUGUAUCACUCUUGAUACCAGUGCCGGCGCACGCGCAAUAUUUCUACAAAAUGGGAUUGUGAAGUUCAAAUAUUUCAGUUAAUUUCAUCCUAAAAAUCUGAUAAUGAUUUGUGAUUAAAUAGUGUGAAAAUUAAAAUAAAAAAUAAAUAAAAUGACUUUGUGUACGGUGUUAUUGUGGAUUGUAUUUGUUUGGUGGACUGUUGAUGCUCAAUUUGGAACUGUAUCAAUCAGUUUGGACAUGGGACGUGCCGAAGAGGAAGCUUUAAAUUUCAAAGGUCGAUGUCCACCGAACACUUCUUGCGUUCCAAUCAGCUCAUGUCCGCUAUUAGAGGACCUCAUGGAUUUCUCUUGCUUUUCCUCAGAUAAAUACUUCCACCGUCUGAAUUCGCUGACUUGCGGCAAUAACAAUGAAGAGGACCUCGUUUGCUGCCCGGCUUGCGAGUGCGCGCGCGUUCAUCCCCCCAACACGGCGGAGUGCGGACGCAGCAUGGUCCGAGCCAACGACUACAAAGGCAUCGGUCUGCAUCCCUGGGUCGCUAGGAUUGGAUUCACCAAUAAAGAUACUGGAACAGUGAGAUUCGCAUGCAGCGGUUCAAUCAUAGCCAAGAGAGUUGUAUUGACCGCCGCCCAUUGCGCACUGGCUAAACCUGAGGGAUACAAAUUAUCAACGGUGGUGGUUGGCGAGUGGGAUACUACGCGCAGUCCGGAUUGUAACGAGUACUUCUGUGCACCUGUAACACAGGCCCUAAAGGUCGAAAACGUGGUCGUGCACCCCGGUUACGAGCAGAAGAUAUUCCGUCACGACAUCGCACUCAUCGUACUCAAAGAUGAUAUCAAGUAUUCAGUGACAGCGGCUCCGCUCUGCCUGAAUGGUAAACCGGAAAUAGUUAUAAAUGAACGAGCAACGCUCGUCGGAUGGGGAAAAUUAUCCGGACAGACCAACAUGGUGGGUAAACAACAGCAACUAGAAGUGCCAUUGGUCCCACUGGAGACGUGUGAGAGCAUCUUCGGGGAAUCAGUGCCGGUGCACGAGGGACAGCUGUGCGCGGGAGGGGAGGAGGGCAGAGACGCAUGUUCUGGCUUCGGAGGAGCGCCCUUACUGAUCAAUAGGGAUGGACAGUACUUACAGAUCGGCAUCGUAUCGUUCGGUUCAGAAAACUGCGGCAGUGAGGGCGUACCCAGCGUGUACACAAACAUCGCGCACUACUUCCAUUGGAUCGUAGAAAACUCUCCCUCAUGAUUUUGUCGUAUUAAAAUACAAUUGUGAAUUUAGUUGUUUAUUAAAUAUUGUAGAAA